UUGUGUGUCGGUCAACUCGUUCUUUUGUGUGCUUAUGGUUUGCCUUUCAAUGUUUUUGUUUGCUAAUUAUAGUGAUUACCGAUGAAGAAGCGAACUGGCGAGUAAAAUUUGCAGCAAUAUUUCAAGCGACAAGAAAAUAAACAAGGCACCAACUGCAGAAAUUUCAGCUAGUCUCUAUAGUAAAUGCAAUCCACAGGGCUCAAACUUAGGCAUAGUAAGUAGUCAAGCGUGGAAAAUAUUGCGAUUGUUAGAUAAUUGCAAAAAAGAGGAGGAAACGCGUUUACACGGGCAAUCACAUUCAAAGUGUAUGAUACGCCGUAGUGUGUGCUGCAAAAAUAUAGCGAUUUUUGACAAAAGCAAGUCGACUGGUUGUCAAAACAACAAUUCACAAACACAAGUGUACCCCCGCGGUGCGACAGAAAAGUAGUGUGAGACCAACAACUGUGGGUUUGCGGGCAUCAUAUUUUACAUUUAGCGGUGCAUAGGCGUGUUAGCAGAGGUCGCCAAGUAUGUCUGUGCGCCUACUAACCUUGCGACUGGUUAAACAUGGUCGUUAUUUCCUACAAAGCUACUGGAGACGCGAUAUACACGCCAACAUUUUGGAACAAAAUCGAGAUAAGACGCGCCGAAGCUUACCCAACUCUUUGAGGCCGGGUUCCGGUACUGUUACCGCGUCCGCGCGACCUUUACCAGCUAGGUGCGCUCUUAAUGGCAUCAGAAAUGCAGGCUCGAGUGGCUCGGCAAAGUCCCUUCCACGAACCGGUCUCUUAAGCGUUGGACAACAUGCGCGCAAAGUAUUUAUCGAUAACAUCUUGAAUCGUGUCACAACAAAUUACUCCCAAGAUUUGCGUAAACAAGCAACUAAAAAGCUCUUCUAUGGUGAUUCUGCACCUUUCUUUGCACUCGUCGGCGUAAGUUUGGCUUCGGGAGCAGGUGUCUUAACAAAAGAGGAUGAAUUAGAGGGUGUUUGUUGGGAGAUUCGCGAAGCUGCCAGUCGUUUGCAAGCGUCGUGGAAUUGUGAUGAAAUAUCUGAAACAUUGGGUAGUGAUUUCAGCAUAGAUGAAUUGGAAGUGGGACCAGCGAUUGCCAAAGGUUGUGCCGCCGUAGUAUAUUCGGCAGCAUUUAAAAAUGAUAGCAGUACUGCUGCAUCUGUAGAAACGCCAGCUUUGAACACAACGAAUGAUGCUGAAGCUGCGGCAGCUAUGGGCCGUGGUAGCGCACCUACACCGCUACAACAGCAAUCCUUCCACCCAGAGUUAAUGUCACCAAUACAGAAUAUGUCGCGUUUCGUACACAAUUUUGGCAGUUCUAUGGAUAACUUGAAUGAAUUGUAUAAUCAGAACUCGGCCGCGGCCGCAUUUGUUGCCGAGCGAAGGGGACAUCGAUCGAGUGCCGAGGAAGCGGAAAUUACGCAGAAAUCGGACACCGAUUUGAAUAGCGAUAUGAAUGCGGGCUUCUCAGGUGUUAGCAGCGGAAUGCAGGGACUGCAACCGAUUGACUCUCCUCUUGCUAGCAUUAAUCGUUAUCCGCUCGCUUUAAAAAUGAUGUUUAACUAUGAUAUACAAAGUAAUGCACUCUCCAUAUUGCGUGCCAUGUACAAGGAGACUGUGCCCGCACGUGCACGUCGCAUGAAUGACUCGGCAGGCGAGUGGGAGGUCUUAUUACAAAAUCAAACACUCUCUUUGCCGCCUCAUCCAAAUAUAGUAUGUAUGUUUGGUUUCUUUUGUGAUGAGGUGCGCAAUUUCCCCGAUGGUCAUUUGCUGUACCCAAUCGCUCAGCCGCAACGCAUUAAUCCACAUGGAUAUGGUCGCAACAUGUCGCUAUACCUACUGAUGAAACGUUACGACUACAGCUUACGUGCGCUGCUCGAUUCACACAAUCUGAGCGCUCGUACUAAACUAUUGCUACUGGCGCAAUUGCUUGAAGCCACUGCACAUAUUAAUCGUCACGGCAUUGCACAUCGCGACCUUAAGUCGGACAACAUACUCAUUGAAAAAAACGAUGACGAUUCGCCACCAGUGUUGGUACUCUCUGAUUUUGGUUGUUGCUUGGCAGAUAAAGUGCACGGCUUGCAAAUACCCUACACCUCGUACGAUAUCGACAAGGGCGGAAAUGCAGCACUUAUGGCUCCAGAGAUCAUUAAUAAACAACCAGGUCCCUUUGCCGUCUUAAACUAUGCUAAAGCGGAUUUAUGGGCUUGUGGUGCGAUUGCCUACGAAAUAUUCGGAAUGCGUAACCCUUUCUAUUCAUCCAGCGGUGGUUUGGCUAUGGCUAAUGGCGAGCAAACGCUAUCGCUACGCAAUAGUGAUUAUAAAGAGGACGAUCUGCCACCACUGAGUGAUGAAUGCCCAGUGAUUGUGCAACAAUUAAUCUAUAAUAUAUUGAAUCCGAGCCCAUCAAAGCGGGUUAGCCCUGAUAUUGCAGCGAAUGUAAUGCAGCUCUUUUUGUGGGCACCAUCUAAAUGGCUAAAGGCAGGUGGUAUGCCCAACAGCCCGGAGAUACUCCAAUGGCUGCUUUCACUCACCACAAAAGUUAUGUGUGAGGGUCGCGCAGUUGUUGAUCAGCUCAGCUUCAACGCCAGUGGUCGCCGCACUUAUGUGGAAUAUCUAUUGAUUUGCAGUUUUUUGGCACGUGCACGUCUAAGACGUAUACGUGGCGCUCUCAACUGGAUACAAGAUGUGGUAGUGGCUUAAGCAAAAACCUCAACCUAUAUUACUACUAAAUUAAACCUAAGCGACAACUUACCGAAUGUUAGCAUUACUCAAGUAUAAAAGCAUACCGUGAAGUCCAGCACUAUUGCUUGUAAAGCUAUCACGAAAGCAACAAACAACAAGUCAACCAAUUUUCAUCUCGUACAUCUUCUAAGUUUGUAAAAUUUUAUUUAUAUAUGUACUUGUACCUUUAUUGUGGCAAAUUACUUUGCCGACUCUUGUCAGAAACACCCGAAAGAAUGAAUAAUUUGUGAUGAAUGAGAAUAUAAAACGAUUUACAGUUGUUAAUAUAUACAUACACAUAUAUACGUAUGCAUACGUAGAAACUUUACCAAAAUUAUAAUUUAAUAUUGGCGAUAGGAAAAAUUUGCAUAUUUUUUUAUAGACCUAAAUUAUUUCUAAUCUUAAAAAGCAAAAUUAGUAUUGCAGACACUAAAUACUAAAAUAAUUUGCGUGAUUAAUGUAUUUAUCUAUAGAGUUUAUGAUAAGAAAUUCAUUUUAAUUGUAACAAAAGAGAAUGCACCAUAGCAUCUUCAAAACUAUUAUGUACAGAGAUAAUAAAGGAAAUACAUGCUUGUGCACAGAAUUUUAUUCGAA